UUGACAUGCCAUGUAUUGACAUGGCAUAAAUUAUUUAGGUUUCCUUUCGUAGCCAUUUGCGAAAAGGGUUCGGCCUUCCGGAGUUUAUGCUUGCGUAACCGCGGCACCCCGAAGCGGCAAAACUAGAUUAUUCGACGAACCUGACACUAGAGAUACCUCUUCAAACAUAAAUGGUGCAUCCAUACUGGGUUGACGUUCUUUUGGCGUGCUUAAGAGGCUCGCCGCGAACAACAUCCGAGCGACAGCCAACCACAGAGAGGGGCGCAGAACGUCCGGUAGUUCCUCAGAAAGAUGCGAAAUACAUACAUUCGUCGGAGAAUACACCCCUUGAUGUUGUACCGCUCUUCUGGUCCUAUCUCUCCAAGUCUGACCGACUGUCCCUACGCCUAAGUUGCCGGGAGGGCCGUCGCAUUCACGACUCGCUUGUUACAAAAAUUUGCAUUUGUGAGAAUGCGUUUGUCGGAGCUGUCCUUUCGGACAGGCAUCUGCGGCAUGCAUCUCCGCCACGCCUUGAAAUUGCUGCCGCCGAUGCCGAGGUUAGCACAGCUCUGCACGGCAUCAUAGCACGAGGAUGCAGACCACACCUGCUUGCUCUCUGUCUUGACAGUGGAAACGAGCACCGGCGGCAGGAGCGAGGGCUCGCUUUCUUCGUUCCGCUAGCCAGCGCGCCUGGCGAGCUGGCCUCCAUACACCUGGGCGGAGUGCCGCUCUCCAGCCGCACCCUGCGCGCACUGCAGCCGCUGCUGGCGCCGGCGGCGACGACAUCAGCGGCGCCCCUCGGCUCAACUAACACCCCCACCGCUGCUCAUCCAGGAGUGCCGUAUGUUCAGGCUUCAAUAGCACCACCGCUGCGACUGCAUUUGUAUGGUUAUGACCUAACGAAGCCGGCGACGGCGGCAGCGCUGGCGGCUCUAGUUGCCGCCGCCGGGCCGCGGCUGGAACAGUUGGAGCUGCGGGGCUGCCUAGGCUGGCCCAAACUGCUUCCGGCAAAGCUGCAGACGGCCGUGCACCUCCGUCACUUGACGCUGUCCUUCCAGCCUAUCGGCGCCUCAGCAGGGACCGCGGCUCGGUCCGGCGGCGGCCUCGUGACGGCGUUUCAUCCCGCUGCCGCUGCUGCCUCCGCCGCGGCCGCCAUGCAGUCCUUAGGACUGCUCCGCCAGUUGACAUGCCUGGAACUUCGAGGCACAGUGGUGAAGGGAACAGAAACGAAAGUCGUGUCGUCAAGCAAGUACGACACCUCAGCCGCGGCGGGUCCCUCGCCGCAAUCCCUGGCACGUGCGCUGUACCAGCUAACAGCCCUCACACGUCUAGCAGUUGAAGGACUCGCCUCCACUGAGCCCCUGCUGACGUCAUUCACCGCCAUGAGGGCCCUACGCGACCUGGAGCUGCCGGACACCAGCGUGAAUCCGGAGGGCAUGGAGGCCUUGGCCCGCGCUGCGCCGGACCUGACGGCGCUGACCCUUGGGUCGGUCGGGCUCGGGCCGGUGUUAACGCUGCGCGACGCGCGUCAGCGCGCCGCCGCGACGGCUGCGCAGCCGCUGGAGGCGCUUGCGCUGCCAUCGGGACUGAACUCCCUUGCUGUCGUACGGAACCGAGUGACGCUGCGUACGAUGCGGUCGCUAGGGUUGGCGUUGGAAGCUCGGAGGACGGCGGCUGCAAGGAGGGCGCUAGUGGUGGUGCCCGGCAUAGAGAUUGACUUGCCGGAUGUGGAGUUCGAUCCGCUGCAGGCCUUCCACAUGUGCGAGGACAGCGUCAUGCGCUCCUACCUGCUGCCGGAGCCGGCAGCGGCGCUAGUGGCCGCCUUACGGAUGUUGGCGGCGACGCAGGCGUCACCCCCCGCAAGCGGCGCUGCCGCUGCCGCUGUAACCGCCGCAGAUGGCGGCAGGGAGUUUGCCGUCCACAAUGAGAACGGCAGCCUAACAGCUGCGCCAUCGGGCAGGACAGCUGCAUUGGCUGCUGCUGCUGCACCUGCAGGCAUUGACUCAGGGGAAGACGGUGACAGGGGCGUUGUUGCUUGCGACGGGGCCAGCAGCAGCAUGGGCAGCAGUGGGCAGCAGGUCGGCGGUCACGCGGUGUGGAUCUCAGAGAUGCAGCCGCUGCGACUGGCGGCACUGGAGUUGUACGGCGUUGGGCUGAUGUCGUACGAUCUGGCGGCCGUGGCGGGGCUGACAACACUUCGGCGCCUCUCCCUGGCGUCUGGGGAGCUCGCCGUACACUCCCUCUCACGUCUGGCUGCCCUGCCGCUGCUGCAACACCUGGAGCUACUGCGCUGCACCACUGCUCCCGCUAGCAGUGAUACUGCUGCUACUGCUGGGGCUGUUGAUGCCAGUGCCGCAGAGAUGGGCGGUGAUACCGCUGCGGAUGACGGGCGGAGGGCGCUGUUGGAGUUGUGCAUGAGGGCGCCGCGGCUGCGAAGGGUGCAGGUGGUGCGGAGUGCGGGGACGGAUGGCGCGUGUGGCAGGUACGGGCCGUUCGGAGUGGAGUGGGUGCGUGAGAGGCUGCAGGCGCUGGGAUCAAGGCGGCAGUGGUGGCGGCAGAGGGCCCGGGUUGGGGAGGAGUUGGGAGAGGGGUUGUGGAUAGGAGGGAGGGAAGAGGAGGUAGAAGAUGAAUGGCCGGAGGUGUCGUGGAACUAGGGGCAUUGGGCGUGAGUAUUUGGAGGGCAGUUACAUAGAUAGAAGCGGAAAAUGGACGAUCCUGAAGUCCUACGUUGUGUCGUUGACGCCAGCAGCGUUUUUGGACUUUCAAACAGGCAAGAGCCUCAGGUUGCCAAGAACCUUUCCUUACAUGCAAAGUUCUCUGCUUACGAUACUGCUAUCAGACGCAAAAGUACGGAAAUUCCAAGCU